GAGGCGCGGAAUCCGAAUGUUUACAUUUACACAAUUUCCCGGAGUUCUGAAACGCGUGUUUCUAUUUAUAAUAUACUUGUCUUGUUUCAUUCUUAUGUUUAGUUACACGUAGCGCAUGAUGUCGUUCAGUAAACAGCCAAAAGAAAUAUAUUAGUCGAUCAGCUGUGUGAAAUAGCGUUUAUGUCGAAUUACUUUGGUUGUCACUUGUGUGUGGAAGUCAACGGACUGAAGGAGUCUGACAGACCGAUUGAGGAUGAGUGUUUCAGAUCUGAGCGCUCACAGUCCUGCUUCCAACACAUCUGCAGACUCCAGAGAGAAACUCCAGGAUCUGCUGAAUGCUGUGAGAGAGGUUCAUGACACUGCACUGCAAGAAUUGCAAGCAAAAAUAACUAAACUGAAGAAAGAGCGCUGUCUAGAUGCUCAGAAACUGGGUGAAUUUCACAGCAAAAACCAGCAGUUACGAGAACAACAGAAGAUCCUGCAGGAAAAGAUCAGAGAGUUAGAGGACAGGGUGCGUUCUGGACCAUGUGAUCGUUGCUCUGUGACAGAGAAGCAGAUUAAAAAGACAAACUCUGAGCUUGAGGAUACUAAUCAGAAAAAUCUGUCAGUCAUCUCUGAGCUUGAGGCAGAGAGGAAGACUCUUAAAGAUGAAAACAGGAAACUGAGUCUUGAGCUGGAGCGAUUUCGAAGGUCAAGUUCUCCACAGAAUGUGUCUUCAGAGACAGAGGAGGGGAUGAUCCCAGACUCUCCUCACCGUCCACUGUCCUUACCUGUUGCCAGCAAGAUGAAACGACGGAAAGAGCAGAACCACGUCCGCUAUGCUGAGACACCUCUGUCAUUCUCAUAUCCUGAACCCAAGCGAGGAGAGCCGUCUGUGCCCUUCAGCUGUAAUGGCAAAAGCGUGCUGGUUGCUGAGACUUGUGAAAUGGAUGUGACUUGUAUUGCAGAGCCUCAAACAAGGAAACAUUUCAGGGCUGUGGUUCCUGAGACCUGCCGUAUGGACGUCUGUCCCGAACAGUCUGAUGAUGAUGAUGAUGAUGAUCACACUUCGUCACACACUGAACGAAGCCAACAAUCCGAGUCACAUGACUGCAUAAACAUUGUCACUGCAGUCCAAAAUGACGAGUCGCCGUCUGUUUUACGUUGCAAUCCUGUGGAUUCUCGAGAGCAGCAGAAGUCACCGUCCACAAAAGACUUUCCAUGCACACCUUCAAACAUUUCAGUGCCAGUUAGAGGGAAGAGAAAACAUACGGAUGGCAGAAAAAGAGAGAUUUCUGAUUCCAGCUUGGAUGAUCCUGAUGAAACCGAAAUCAAGUGGAUGAUGUUUGCUUCCACUCCAGCUAAUGAUCGUAUAGAGAGCAAGAAUCAGGAAUCAACGGUUAGACACAAUCAGACAGAAACAAAACAGGAUUCAAAGAAGAGGAAAUGUUUGGACAAGCACACGCCUCGCAAAGGUUCUCUUCAGAACCAAAACAUGCCUUUUCCAUACGAUCAGAGCUGGAGUGUUGAUCCAGGAGCUGAUCUGGAUCAGUAUGAUACGGAAAGCUCUCCUCAACCAGAGGCCAAAGCAGACAUAGAAACAAUGGACACUGACUGUACAUUUGUAAGUCACAGUCUGCUGCUGAGAGGCCAGAAGAGGACAGGACAAUCCCAAACCACUGGAAUUGGACAGAAGGCAAACGACAGCCUUGCCGACAUCUUCGAUAAGACGGGGUACGGAGAAUAUGAGUCGUGUCCACAGGAAGAGAGUUUUGAUCCUAAACAAGACAGUACAUACGAGGAGGAGAGAGAAGAAGAUGAUGAAGAGGAAGAACAAGUGGCAGCAGAUGAGUUCCGCCGGCCUGCAGAUCCAGAACGAGUGUCGUCUGACGAUGAUAAAUCAAACAGGAAUAGGUCCUUUGCUUGUGUGGAAGUUGUGCGUAAGAAAGACGAAAGGAGAAAACUGAAAGGCCACUAUUGUAAAGAGUGUGAAAUUUAUUACGCAGGCCUUCCAGAGGAAGAGAGGCAGAAAAAAAUGGCUUCCUGUUCACGGCAUCGCUACCGCUACAUCCCACCUUCCACUCCGGAGAACUUUUGGGAAGUGGGUUUCCCGUCGACACAGACCUGUGUGGACAGAGGCUACAUUAAAGAGGACGACCAGCCGGACGUACGGAUACGCAGGAGACGACCGUACCUCGCCAUGUUCUCACCGAAAGCCAAGUCACAAAAACAUAAGCACUGAGUGUAUCCAUUAUAAGUUCAGAAGUCAUUUAAAAACCACAUUGGAACUAAACUGAUGUAUAUGUAAUUCUAUCCGCUUCUGUCCUGAAUCACAGCUGCUUAUUUUAAUUACUUUUUACAUGUAUUUGUGUUAUUUUAUGAAAUGACCUCGAUUAAUAAACAAACCUCAUUUUGUCUAGAGGAAGGGAAGAACAUUUUGUACACUUGAUUUUCACUGUAAUUUGUAAAAAUACUUUUAUACUGUAAUAAAAUAAUA